AUAAUGUGUGUAUUAAUAAAUGAGAAAUGUUUUUUGGAGCAAUGGAAAAAUGGUUGGGUUAGAAUUUUCUUCUAGACAUUUUGAUGUGGCAAGGGGUGUGAAAGCAUAAAAGCUAAGGUGAAAGUGCAUAUAUGCAUCAGUUGUUUGGAGCAGAGGCCGAUGAACACAUGGGAAAUUCAAAGCACAAAGAUCAUUUUGCAAGACGAUUGUUCAUGAGAUAUUACUUAAUUGUUUCACUCUCCUCAACAAUAGUCUGCUCCUCUGAUGCAGAUGUUGUUCAGGAGAAUAAUUUAAAAAUAGUUCAAGCCGGAGAAGAUGUGAACUUCACUUGCACCUUUUCAAAGCUUCUGCAACCGACAACAGCAUGGUUUAAACAGACAGCUGAUAGAAAAAACUUACUAAUUGUAUCUUUAUAUUUAAAUCAACAACCCAGUUGGAAUGAGGACUUUGAUAAAACAAAUCAUUUUAAUGUUAUUAAAGGAGAUGAUCAUUUUAAUCUGACCAUUUUAAAGACAAAACCUUCAGACUCAGCAACAUAUUACUGUUUAGUUUCAUCAUAUUACACCGUUGGAAUGGGUGCAGGAACCAGAUUACUUGUCAAAGGUACAUUUCCCUGCUUAUUUUAGCUUUGUUUGGUUGGUGGUAACUGAUUUUUUGUCCUUACCAUUUCUUUUCCACUUAUGUCGCCUUUCGAUGCAGCUGUGGACAGAAACAUAACUAUUCAGCAGUCUUUGAUAGACAUGCUUCAUCCUGGGGAUUCUUUGAGUUUGCAUUGCAGCAUCUUCACUGAGAGCUGUGCAGGAGAACACAGUGUCUACUGGUUCAGGCAAAGCUUGGGAGAAUCUCAAGGAAUACUUUACACAAAAGGAGAGAGAAAUGGUCAGUGUGAGAACAGCACUCAAACACAGAGCUGUGUCUACAAUCUCUUCAAGAGCAACAUCAGUCACUAUGAUGCUGGGAUUUACUACUGUGCUGUGGCCAUGUGUGGAGAGAUACUGUUUGGAAAAGGAACUGAAAUAAAAUUUAGAGAGAGUGUUUAUGUGAAUCAAGCUCUUCUUGCUCUUGGAAUUUUAAACAUCAUAUUUUUGGCCCUUGUUGUUUUUCUGGGAAUAAAACUAUGCAGGGGUCAGAAUAAAAUGCCAGCAUCUCAAGAGAGUCAAAAUGAAGACACCCUGAAUUAUGCAGCCAUUAGUUUUGGUCAGAAACCUCUGAACACUAGAAGAGCCAAAGCAAGGAUCAGUCAGGACCAGUCUCUGUACGCACAUGUCAGAUCACACCAGUGACAUCCACAGGUUUAGAUGUGCAUUUUACAAUGUAAAUUUUUUUUUUCAUUAUUAUCAUAUAACAACACAUUUGACUCCAUCCAUUUAAUUUGUCAGAAUAAUUUCAGUAAUUUCUACUCCAUUUUUAGUUGAUUGAUUUUCUUUAUCUGAAAUUAAAUUCUAAGUACAGUUUGAUAAUGUAAAUUGGAAUGAAUUUAUCACUGUUGACACCACUGUGAUUUUUGUUUCCAAUAAUCUAUAAUGCUAUAAUGCUUUCAAGGAUCAUGUCUAGGAUUUUUCCAUGAAAUGAGUGUAGUUAACAAUGUCAUCAAAAUAUGAAUUGCAAGAUGACCGCUAAAGGUGACCAUAUUUAAAUGCAAUUGAAUGUUUAAAUACUAUGCUAUUUAGGCUUUGUACUCUAUAUUGUUAGAAAUGUGAUUUUCUUUGGCAUAGUAAGGAUAAUUGUGGGAAAGAAAGGUAGUGUGUGUUUGUGUGCCCAUGUUUUUUUGUGGAUUCAUGCAUGUAUGUUGUUAGACUGUGUGUUCUUUUCUGGGCAAAUUUGGAUCUUUGUUAUGGUAUGUUAUGGUAUGAAGCACACAGUGUGUGCUUCAUUUGCAUAUUCUAAAUGACAA